UGCAAAAUUUUGCAUUAAUCAUAAAACUCGGGCUCUUUAUGACCUUUGUAGACUUUGGUCAUGGAUUGGUUUUACAACGUGAAGAAUUUGAUAUCGAAAGUCGAACUAAAUUUGAUGAUGAUCUCAGAGAAGUAGUGGAAUAUAUUAAAUUACAAAUGCAUUGUGGUUUUCCUGCCUACGGAGUGCCACCUUUAGCUCCUUAUCGUAGUGAUUUUACAAAAUUUGAUUUUCAAAAAUCCAGCUGGAGUGUUAAAGGCAACUUUAGCGAUAUGGUGAUUAUUGGUCUUAAUGAGUUUGAUGUUGUGGUUUUACAUUGGAAUAAUAUCUUACGCAAAAUAACUUUUGAAUUCAAUUUUCCCUCAAUUGAAGCUAAAAGUUCUUAUAAAUUAAAUGCUAUAAAUCACAUGUUUCCCACCCCAGUCUAUUUCUUUGGCGAUGGCCUCUUUCGUUUGGAACUUAUUAACUUAAAAGCUAAAGGCAGCUUCAAGUUAAAACCUCUCUUGCUAUCUGGUGGCUUAGCUGUGGAGGAUUUUAAAGCUCAAUUAACACUGGAGUCAUCACAUUCGAAAAGUACUGGUUUUAUGAAUAGUUUAAUUUAUACCAAACUUUUCAACUCUUGGAUAGAGGAAUUUAUUAACUUGACUUUUGCCGAACAGGCAGAGGUAAGCAAGACUGUGGAGUAUUUUGUGGUACCGAUUAUGAAUAAAGCUUUAAAGAAUAUUUCCCUAGUGGAAUUGGUGGCCUUAAUAACAGGCUUGGUGGAUGUGGGUUUACCCACAGAAGUGAUUUGUUAAAGAAAAUUUUAAAAUAAAAUAUUUGAAA